CUUCCCCACCAUUCAUCUUGCCCCACAUACACACGCGAAAACACAAAUUCAGCCCGACAGUGGAAAUGCUGUUUUGAGUGAGUGGAUUGUUAUCAGCCCCCAAAAGUCAAUACUGACCAAGCCCCGCCUCCAUCCCGGGCGUGGACGCGGACGCGCGCCGGCGAGUCCUCUCUCCCUCUGUGGCUGUAGUGAGUCUGCCGCACGCGCACGCACGCACACAAGGAGCCGCAGCGGUGUCGAUGCUCCAGCAGCUCGCUUCCUACAAAGGUUCCAAAAGCCCGCAGCGACAUCACCGCACAACCACAACCGCAGGUUGGCAUUAAGCUCUUGAUACGAUGUCGCCCUCAUCGUUGGCGACGCUGGCUUUUCUUUUGGCGCUUUUGUCCAUUUCCCUCGCCGCCGACCAUCGCGGCAAGAGGCGGCGAGACUCAGGAGGACGCUCGCAGCACCCUCUACGGGCCGCCACCGGCUACGGCGACUCCAGGGCGACACGGAGGGGCCGGAACGGCGGUCACGUGUCCCGCGGGCCGGCGCGCCGUUCGGGUCGUCCCGAGGACGACGGCGCGGGCUGGGGUCGGCGGCCGGCGUGGGCUGAGGCAGGACCGCCGGGUGGAGCCGGACUGAGAGACAACCGCUUGAUGGGGACCCGCAAGGGAAGAGGAUAUGGACAUGGCGACCAUUCGCAGAUUAGGAGACAUGGAGGGAGACGGGACAAGGGACGGCACGGACGAGGUUUUUUCGCAGGCGUCAUCCCGGAUGAUCCCCCGCCUCCGUCCUCCUCUGCCUCACUGGGAGACGGCUCCUCCCCCAACUUCACCACCUUCGGCUCCGGGUCCUCCUCCAUGGUCGCCUUGGUGACCGACGAUCACUCCCCUACGCUUCCUCCGUCUACCACCCGACCCCAGCGAGCGAAGGGGCAAGGCGAGGUGCUGCCCACCCUGGACAUGGCACUCUUCGACUGGACCGACUAUGAAGACAUAAAGCCUGUGGAUGGGUGGCCUUCCUCCCGGAAAAAAGAAAAAAUGCGAAGUAAAAACCUGAGCAGCGGGAACGCGACCAAUGAUGCGGACGACGUUGAACCGUGUGACCACCACCUGGACUGCCUACCCGGUUCUUGCUGUGACCUGAGGCAACACGAAUGCAAAGCUCACAACCGAGGCCUCAACAACAAGUGCUACGACGACUGCAUGUGCGAGGAAGGCUUCCGAUGCUACGCCAAAUUCCACCGCAAGCGGCGCGUGACGAGGAGGCGCGGCCGCUGCGUGGCGCCCGACUCCGUCAGCAGUGACCAUGGCGGCUUCAUCACCGUUUGAAGGCGGCGACAGUAGAGUUGAAGUAAACAGGCGGACAUUUUGAAGCACAAAUGAUGAACCCAUUAAGCCUAACCCAACCCGAACCUCCAACCUUAACCCUUUCAUGCACGUAUUAUGACCCAUUUAACUGGAAAAUGCAAUUUCCAGUGAAAUUACAUUUACAAGGGUCACUACUAUUAAUUUCGUGGCAUUUUAGUAUCACUUUCUCAUUAACUCAUUGGCUGCCAUUGACUGCACUAGACGUCCAAUUCAUUUUCACUGGAAGAAGUGAAUGAACGAACUGGCAUGUAAUUACUUAAUUUCAGGUCUCUUCCUUGUUUAUUUUAGAGUACUUGGGGCCACUUACUGUUGAUUUUGGGUCAGAUCCUAUACAUUUUGGGGCAUUCUGGGGUUACUUCCUGUACAUUUUGGAUCUUUUCUUGUUAAUUUUUAGGCAUUUAUGGGUCACUUCAUGUAGAUUUUGUGGCUUUUUCAAGUUACUUUUGGUGCCAGAUCAUUUUUCCCCUUUGGAAUUAAAGCCACACUAUGUAACUUUUCAUUUUUGGUCGAUUUUAGCAACGCAGGUGGACAAAAGUGGUAGGGCUGCAGCUAUCGAUUAUUUUCGUAGUCGAUUAAUCGAUGAAGUGGUUAGUUCGAAUAAUCGAGUAAUUGGAUAAGGAUCAUGAACAAUUAAAAUACCUGAGCUGAGCCUCAAACUGUUUAAAAAAGGAAAUGAGGAUCUAUGUACAACAAAACAAUUGGCUAACUUACAUAGCAAAACUCCGCUAGCUUAAAUGCUAUAAAAUGGUAACUAUUUUUUACAAUGCUCUUAACAAAUGGUUCACUCAUAUUCCCACAAAAAACGGCCAAAUAUACCUAUAAAAUAAAUUACGAAUGCAUUUCAAAACAUUAUUGCAAACAAAAGCUUAGCUUACGUUGAUCUUAACAGCGAGCAGUUGGACAAAAGUGGUAGGGCUGCAACUAUUGAUUAUUUUCGUAGUUGAUUAAUCCAUGAAGUAGUUAGUUUGAAUAAUCAAGUAAUCGGAUGAGGAACAUGAACAAUUAAAAUACCUGAACUGAGCCUCAAACUGUUUAAAAAAGUAAAUAAGGAUCUAUGUACAACAAAACAAUUGGCUAACUUACAUAGCAAAACUCCGCUAGCUUAAAUGCUAUAAAAUGGUAACUAUUUUUUACAGUGCUCUUAACAAAUGGUUCACUCAUAUUCCCACAAAAAAACGGCUAAAUAUACCUAUAAAAUAAAUUAUGAAUGCAUUAAAAAACAUUAUUUCAAACAAAAACUUAGCUUACGUUGAUCUUAACAGCGAG